AUGGCCGACAACAAUUCGAUCAAGUCGAUGCGUGAAUGUCGCAAAGAAGUACCCUUCGGCUACUCUCGAGGCUGUCAGUCUGUGACAUGCGCAACGCGUGUACAUGCCUCACUUUUCGCCCGACACCCGGUCGGUUUGGCCACAGCGUCAUCGUUGCUAACCUCCUCUGACCUUGCCAACUGCUCGACUGCCCAACUGCCCGACCGCCCGACCGCCCAACAACCCGGUCGUGUCGAUAGCGGUUUUAUGCUUUUGACCGAUGGCCAACGCCAGACUCCGAGAGCCUACGACUGGUCGAAGUGGAUGCCGCAAAGCCAAUCAGAGUGUACACACCAGCCUCCUUGUCGACCGGGCAACAACGGUCGAUGGAGCCCUGACAACGGCCAGAACCGAGGGCUGACAAGUGACCCAGUUUUGGAUGUUGCCUCGCCUCGGCAACCGAGGCAACUGCAUAUAUGUAUGACGGUUGAUUGCCUCGUUGCCAGUCCGUGA